GCCACGACGCGGCGCUCCGCAACCUCGUGGAAACGAGUCAGUUUUCCGCGGAAACGGCGAACGACGACGCAACUGCGGAAAAGCGGCUUGUCGGAGGAAUCGGAAAAGUCGCAUCGCGCUUUAGUGCACGCUUGUAUGGAUGACUGGUAUUCUUUGCGCUCGAGGUCAACGAUUACUUGACCGAUGGUGCGAUCUAACUAGAACACACAAAUGAUAUCGAGAGAACUGCCACUCAUUUGAGCAGCUGCUGCCAUAACAAUACCGUAGCGGCGCUACGUCACCGAGGAGUAUAGAAAAAGUGAAAAAAUCCGGGUCUGGUGAAAAUGGCGUGUUCCCAUCCGAGAGUUCCGCUGGAAGUUUAACCGAACGCCUGUUGUUCGUUAAGCGCAGUAAACUGAAUCGUCUCGAAAUGGGGCCUUUUGUGAUGCUGCAACUGCUCUAUUGCUCGCUGGUACACAGCGCUCGUUUAGCAACGUCCAGUGCAGGUAACAGCGGUCUCAAGUGGGUACGCGUAUCGGUACCUCAGUACCGGAUCCCUGGCGAAUCUGCGACCUGCUACUGUGACUACGAUCUGGGCAACGAUACGCUUUAUGCCGUGAAAUGGUACAAGGAACACGAAGAGUUCUACCGGUUCGUGCCCAAAGCGAGGCCUCAGAAGACCUGGUAUAAGGUGGAAGGUGUGCAUGUAGAUAUUCAAACGAGGCAGCUAAGUAUCCUGGGUUCCCAUUUGAACCAGAAAUACAAGCAGUCCAUCAUUGGAACAUUUCUCGCAGUUAACCUUUUCUUCACCAGCUUAUUAGUAUUAAAAUUGAGUAGAUACCUUUGUGAUUGUAAUGAUUUCAAAAGAAGUGAUGUCGUGAACUUUAUCUAACCAUUCUUCUCCCCGAGGAGCGUCAACUCUAAAAUAAGUAUUUCUGAAGAAACAUACUGUUGUAUAGUCCAGAUGUAAAAGCUUCACAACUGAACCUGUCGAAUCUAAAAAGAAUUCGUGAAUCAGAAAUAGUAGUUCAACCAUUUUUAAACUUACACGAGACACAAAAGGACCAAGCACAAAUUUAACGAAUUCCAGAUGU